AGACGGUUUCAGGGCUUGUCAACAACUGACAACCACAGGAUAUCGUUCCACCUGCGGGAAAAUCCCACAAUCAUAGCUUGGUGACGGUGAUGCUCCUCCCUGUCUUAAAUCCUGGCCCCUCCUGAGCAGAGAGGAACACCCGGAACCUCGUGAGGACAGACAACCGCGUGGAGGUUGCCAUGGUGACUUUCGCUGACACGUCAGGGGUCCAGCCAAGGGGGCUGGAGCAGCCCUCGACCUGCAUGACACCCAUGUCCCCGGGGCUGCGCAGGAAACAGCUGAUGUGGCAGAAUGCUGUCAAGCACAUCAUCAGCCAGCGGGAGAUGAACGAACAGGUGGGAGUGGAACCAGCUCGCAAGAUCUUCGUCACCGACACCUACAUCGACGAGAUCAACCGCCAGAUCCGCAGCAAGUCCUCGCGCGGAGCCAACAAGCGGCGCUCCUCGGCCAUCCGCAUCCACCCCAUGCCCGAGCGAGGCGGCUCCACGGUCACCAACGUCAGCAACUACGCCAGCGACGCCGACUUCUUCCAGAGUUGGGGUCGCACGCUGCACGGCGUCUACCUGCCGACGCUGCGCCACACCUUCAAGUCCCGCGACCUGGAGAAGCUCUACCAGCGCCACUCCUCCCACCAGCGACGCACCUCGCUCGCCGUCACCAACGUCAUCGACGCCAUGGUCAAGUUUCACGUCCUCGUCCUCUAUCUGGCACUGGCCCCCGAGGCGGCCACCGACCGCUUCCACGGCUGGCUGACCGGCCUCUUUAUGGCGCUGGCGUUAGGGCUGUGUGUCCUGGUGCUAACCUGCAAAGACAUGUCGCCGCGGUGGCUACGCUACGCCGGCUUGGCUAGCUGGCUGUCCCAAACGACGCAGGUGUUGGGCGGCCUGGUGUACGGGCUGGAGAAGGACCCGUCUUGGUAUGUGCUGUUCACGCUGUUUGCCACCUACACGCUGCUGCCGUUGCCCCUGCUCUGGGCCAUGUGUGCCGGCUCCCUCACCUCGACACUGCACCUCCUGGUGGAAGUGGUGCGCCACUAUCAUGAUGUGGGCCUGCUGAGAAAGGUGUUGGCCAAGGCACUGCUGUACAUGGGCAUGAACACAGCUGGCCUGUUCAUCCACUACUUAACAGACCGAGCCCAGAGACAGGCCUUCCUGGAGACCCGCCGCUGCAUCGAGGGCCGCCUCAAACUGGAGCAGGAGAACCAGAGACAGGAGCGUCUCGUUCUGUCUAUCCUGCCUCGUUUUGUUGCCUUGGAGAUGAUCGCGGACAUGAGCGCCUUAGACGACGAGCUCUGUCCACAAGAGUUUCACAAGAUUUACAUCCACCAGUACAAAGAUGUCAGCAUCCUGUUUGCUGACAUCAAGGGCUUCACUCAGCUCUCCAUGAACCUGUCAGCCCAGGAGCUGGUCAGAACACUCAACGAGCUCUUUGGACGUUUUGAUCAUCUAGCUGAGGAGCACCACUGCAUGAGGAUUAAGAUACUGGGUGACUGUUAUUACUGUGUGUCGGGUGUUCCAGAGCCCCAGCGUGCACACGCUCGCUACUGCGUAGAGAUGGGUCUGGCCAUGAUCAACACCAUCAGGUCUGUCAGGAAGCAUCUGAACCACGAUGUGGACAUGCGUAUCGGGAUCCACUCAGGCUCCGUACUGUGUGGUGUGCUGGGCCUGCAGAAGUGGCAGUUUGACGUGUGGUCCUGGGAUGUGGGCAUUGCCAACAUGCUGGAGGCAGGGGGAAUACCAGGGAGGAUCCACAUCUCCCGGGCAACGCUGGACAGCCUGGAGGGCAGCUACCAGACAGAGGAGGGGCACGGCCGGGAGAGGAACGAGUUCCUGCGGAAACACAACAUCGACACGUUCCUCAUCUGCCCAAAGGAGGAGGGGUCCAUCACAGAAAAACCAGAACCGCCCAGAACCCGCCAACCAAGCCGCACGUGGAACGCAGAGCUGCCGUUUGGGAACAUCAUCAACAUGAACUCUAUCCUGGCCUCUUUCACCAACGGCUCCCUUAAACAGCUUCCCAACUUGUCAACGCGGAAAUCGCCGUCCAAAGAGAUUAACAAGCGCAUCGAGCACGCCAUCCAGGUGCGGAGCAGCGAGCGCAUGCGCAAGGAGCACAUCACCCCGGUAACGCUGGUUUUCAAGGACACACACAUCGAGGACCAGUUUUCCCUGAUGAGAGACGAGAUGUUCAACUCCAACCUGGUCUGCUCCUUCAUCAUGCUCCUCUUCCUCAUGGCUGUCCAGGCCCUCAUCCCCGCCCCCAGACAGUACCCUGCUGUGCUGCAGUUCUCAGUCUUCCUGCUGGCCUACCUGCUACUGCUGGUUCUGGCUCUGGCUGAGGAGUUCAAGCAGGCUCCCUGGUCCCUGCAGCAGCUCUGCUGCUGGAUCCAUGAGAACAACAGCGCCCGCAACCUGCUCACUCUCAGUGCCAUCACCCUCAACUUCGCCAUGGUCUCCACCGACAUGGUGUGGUGUUCCCUGAGAGACCCUGUCACAGGGGACGAGGAGGGGCCCAACAGGAGCAGUCUGGACUCAACCAACCAAUGGGCUCUCAGCACCUGCACCUUCCCUGAGUUCUUUGUGCAGAGCGGGGUGAUCGCCAUGGUGACGUGUGCAGUGUUUCUGCGUCUGAGCUCUGUGUUGAAGCUGGCAGUGCUCCUGCUCGUGGUGGCUGUGUACUGCUACUUGAUCCAGGUGGCCUUCCAUGUGCUGUCUGUCAGCCAGCCAGACCAGGGGGUGGCGCACAGGUCCCACUACCUCAGGAGAAAGGGCAUAUCCAUCCUCCUCAUGGCCAUGUUUGUUGUAGCUGUGUUCUACAGUGGACGACAGUGGGAGGCCACGACAAGGCUGGACUUCCUGUGGCGUCUUCAAGCCCAACAGGAAGUGGAGGACAUGAGGGAGCUGCGAGAGCACAACGAGUGUCUGCUGCACAACAUCCUGCCUGCUCACGUGGCCCGCCACUUCCUGGAGAGGAACAGACACGAUGAGGAUCUGUACUCCCAGUCCUACGAGGAAGUGGGGGUGUUGUUUGCCUCCGUGGCGGGGUUCAAUGAAUACUACGAGCAGAAGGAGAUCAAACACGAGGGAGUGGACUCCCUGAGGCUGCUCAAUGAGAUCAUUGCAGGGUUCGAUGAGCUGCUGGAGGAGUCCUAUUUUCACUACAUAGAGAAAAUCAAGACUAUUGGCAGCUGCUACAUGGCAGCAUCAGGCCUGGCCCCAGAAAGACAGGGCCGUGUAAAUGACUGGAACCACCUGAGUGAGCUGAUCCUGUUUGCCUUAGCCAUGCAGGAAACCCUGAGAGAGAUCAACAGAUUCUCCUCCAAAAACUUCCAGCUGCGAGUGGGUAUUGCCCACGGGCCUGUGGUCGCCGGGGUGAUCGGCGCCACCAAGCCGCAGUACGACAUCUGGGGGACCACGGUGAACCUGGCGAGCCGCAUGGACAGCACGGGGGUGAGCGGCCGCAUCCAGGUGCCCGAGGCCACACGCAGGAUCCUGGUGGACUGGGGCUUUGUGCUGGAGCUCCGGGGAGAGAUCUUCAUCAAAGGGGUGAGCGAGUGCCAGGGGAAGGUACGCACCUACUUCAUCAACAGCAGCCGUGGCCAGAGGAUGAGCACUCUGGUGGGGCGCUCUGGAGGCCGCUCCGGGGGACGCAGCACGCUGGCGGCGGUGGUGUUCGGCCUGGUGCAGGCCAGGAACAAGGAGAAGCAGAGAGAGGCCAACGGGGGCUUCAAUCUAACCUCAUGCAGUGCUAAGAGCCCCUAGGGUCACCAGUUCAUGGAGCGAUGACUUCCUGUGGCAGAGUUGAGUCCCUUCCUCUGAGUAGGGGUUCAAUGUUUCUUCUGGGAGAGAGGAUGGGUGGUUGACCUGGAGUGCUGCCACGUGAGGGAGUUCUGGUGUUUGUGUGAGAGAGAUGGACAUGGUGGGGGAGGAUUGUAUUCAGCAUGGAAAUAUUGUCACAGACACCACGAGAGAGGAAGACUGUUUUAUAGUGCUUUUCUCACAAUACUUUGUCUGGAAGUUUCUCUGAAGGGGUAUCUUCUUUCGGCUUAAACAGACUUUGAACUGUCUCCUUCACAGAUUUCUCUUUUUCUACCGCCAUGUUCGUUUUGUUUUUGUUUUUUUAUUCAGUUGUGUACCAUGAUGGAGCCAACAUGUAUUUACUUUGUGAUACAACAAUCUUGCCGUUUACAUCAGCAGUACAUCAUAAGCCAUAGCAAGCCAUCAUUACAAAAAUACCUCACUAUUCUAACACUACUGUUUUACACAACUUUGUUACAUAGUUCUUGAGUGAGAUGGAUUGCUCAUUUAUCAUUUUUAUAAUCAUAUUUAUUGUUGGAUUGUGCUGUUUUAUCUUUGUAGCAGUAACAGGAAGGCUUGUGUUAAUACUUUCAUUCAAAUCUACCUUAUCAUUUGCGGAAUACCUCGCAAUUUUUUGGACCCAACCCGACUUUAAGACUUGAGACCCAACUCAUGUAGGCUAUAUCAUUACAUCUUCCUAAAUUGAAAUUAUAGUUAGUUCUGGAAUAUUGACAUUUCCAAAUAUAAAUGGUUCACAUUCUUAUGCCCCUCCCCUUAUGGUGUUGAAUGGUAAUUCCCAUAUAUGACCGUGCUAAUGUACACAUUU